AUGGUUACUGUGCGCACCUUUCUUGCCGUUGCGGCUGCAAAGAAUUGGGAACUCCAUCAGAUGGAUGUCCAAAAUGCUUUCUUAUACGGUGAUUUGGAGGAAGAGGUUUACAUGAAGAUGCUGCCUGGAUUUGCUUCUCAAUCACCAGGGAAGUAUGCGUUGGAUGUAAUUUUAGAAGUUGGAUUACUGGGUUGCAAGCCGGCUAAAACUCCUUUUAAACAAAAUCACAAGCUGGCCUUUACUAAGAGUGAUGAUGUGGAUGACCCUACUCAGUAUAGGCGUCUGGUGGGAUGGCUUAUUUAUCAAACAAUAACUCGACUCGAGUUGUCUUAUUGUGUGCAUAUUCUUGCUCAGUUCAUGCAACAACCGAAGAAAGCUCAUUGGGAGGCAGCUGUUAGAGUUGCGCAUUAUUUGAAAGGAAAUCCAAGUCAGGGUACACUACUACAUGCCAAUUGUGAUCUCAAAUUGUCUGCUUAUUGUGAUUCUGAUUAG